GCUUGGAAUUUAAAAUAGCCACUCAAACACCAAUCUAUCAGCGGGCAGAAGGGAUAAGGACAAGUACUCACUGGCUGACCCGGGCCCCACGUGACAACACCCGUUCAUUGAUAUCGGGCAGUGCGACCCCCUCCCUCCUCUGAUAAGCACAGAGUAUAGGUAAAGGUUGGCACGGUCACUCAGGGUAAGAGGGGGAGAAAGGAAGAGACCUGAGGGUGUCUGUGCAGCGGACGGUCCUCGGUCCCGGUAGAACAAUGCUAUAAUGAGCAGCUUCUUAGACUACACGGUGAUGAGCGGUGAAGGCGGCUCAUGCUCUGUCAGGGCUUUCCACUCGGACCACGGGAUUACAACUUUCCAGUCCUGUGCGGCCACUGUCAACAACUGCGGGGCAGAUGACCGUUUCAUGGCUAGCAGGGCUUCUCCUGACGGCAUCCCUCACCAGCCGGGGUCAUACCAGUCUACAGCGAGCUCUCGUCUGUCCUAUGGGGCCCUUCCGGCCUGCAGCUCCAGCUAUGGAGCCCAAAGUUUCUGCGCUACGUAUAACCAUUACGCGCUCAACCAGGAAGUAGACUCUUCAGCUGCAAUUCCCCCAGUGCGGCCCCUGAUGUAUUCGGGUAAUAUUUCCUCGUCAAUGGUCUCUCAGCAUCGCCAUGUCAGUGCCGCCCCUCUGGGCCAACUGCAGUAAUACACACGCUGCUAUAGCGGCGGGCACGAGCAAGCAACCCCUUAUCCCGGGUGCUCUAACCCCCUGUCACCGCUGCAUGCAGCUCACCUGGGUUGUUGUUCACCUCUGUCUGAAGGCGCAUCUUCUGCACAGACUUUUGACUGGAUGAAAGUUAAGAGGAAUCCACCAAAAACAGGAAGGUCUGGUGAGUAUGGUUAUGCUGGUCAGCCGAACACAGUCCGGACCAACUUCACCACCAAGCAGUUGACUGAACUGGAGAAAGAAUUUCACUUCAACAAGUAUCUGACCCGGGCACGCCGCGUUGAGAUUGCUGCUGCGUUGCAGCUGAAUGAGACUCAGGUGAAAAUUUGGUUCCAGAACCGGAGGAUGAAGCAAAAGCGAGAGAAAGAAGGGCUGCUGCCAGCCAAGGCUCCAUCCUCAGACCCGGGAGAGAGCACUCAAGAGAAAAUGGACGAUGCAGCAUCUGAGAAGUCUAUCUCAGCCCCAUCCACUCCUUCUCCCACAUCCUCCACGUUGUCUCCCACGGGGGCUGAUCCUUACUCCUCCAACUGA